CGCGCGCGGGGCUAGAGCUCUUGGAGAAGUGGGCUCGCUCUGCGCGGUCCAAGGGAGCGCCGGGCGGCAGGCAGCGGCGACCGCAGGAGCAGCAGCAGCAGCAGCAGCCCCCCGCGUGGCCGCCGCCUCCGCGCCGCCAGCCGCCGAGGCUGCAGCCUCCGAAGGGAGGCCAGGGGGACCGGCGCGUGGACUUUUCCCGCGGACUUUCGGAGUGUUUGUGGAUUUACCUGCCAAGCCGUCAAGAUGAUGUCCAUGAACAGCAAGCAGCCCCACUUUGCCAUGCAUCCCACCCUCCCUGAGCACAAGUACCCGUCGUUGCACUCCAGCUCCGAGGCCAUCCGGCGAGCCUGCCUGCCCACGCCGCCGCUGCAGAGCAACCUCUUCGCCAGCCUCGACGAAACGCUGCUGGCGCGGGCCGAGGCGCUGGCGGCGGUGGACAUCGCCGUGUCCCAGGGCAAGAGCCACCCGUUCAAGCCGGACGCCACGUACCACACGAUGAACAGCGUGCCCUGCACGUCCACGGCCACCGUGCCGCUGGCGCACCACCACCACCACCACCACCACCAUCACCAGGCGCUGGAGCCCGGCGACCUGCUGGACCACAUCUCCUCCCCGUCGCUCGCGCUCAUGGCGGGCGCGGGCGGCGGCGCGGGCACGGCGGGCGGCGGCGGCGCCCACGACGGUCCGGGGGGCGGCGGUCCGGGGGGCGGCGGCGGCCCCGGCGGCCCCGGCGGCGGUCCGGGGGGCGGCGGCGGCGGCGGCCCCGGCGGCCCCGGCGGCGGCCCGGGGGGCGGGGGCGGCGGCCCGGGCGGCGGCGGGCUGCUGGGCGGAUCCGCGCACCCGCACCCGCACAUGCACGGCCUGGGCCACCUGUCGCACCCGGCGGCCGCGGCGGCCAUGAACAUGCCGUCGGGGCUGCCGCACCCCGGGCUGGUGGCGGCGGCGGCGCACCACGGCGCGGCGGCGGCGGCGGCGGCGGCCGCGGCAGCGGCGGGGCAGGCGGCGGCGGCGUCGGCGGCGGCGGCCGUGGUGGGCGCGGCCGGCCUGGCGUCCAUCUGCGACUCGGACACGGACCCGCGCGAGCUCGAGGCGUUCGCCGAGCGCUUCAAGCAGCGGCGCAUCAAGCUGGGCGUGACGCAGGCCGACGUGGGCUCGGCGCUGGCCAACCUCAAGAUCCCCGGCGUGGGCUCGCUCAGCCAGAGCACCAUCUGCAGGUUCGAGUCGCUCACGCUCUCGCACAACAACAUGAUCGCGCUCAAGCCCAUCCUGCAGGCGUGGCUGGAGGAGGCCGAGGGCGCGCAGCGCGAGAAAAUGAACAAGCCCGAGCUCUUCAACGGCGGCGAGAAGAAGCGCAAGCGGACUUCCAUCGCCGCGCCCGAGAAGCGCUCCCUCGAGGCCUACUUCGCCGUGCAGCCGCGGCCCUCCUCCGAGAAGAUCGCCGCCAUCGCCGAGAAACUGGACCUCAAAAAGAACGUGGUGCGGGUGUGGUUUUGCAACCAGAGACAGAAGCAGAAGCGGAUGAAAUUCUCCGCCACUUACUGAGGGUCGGGUGGGGUGGGGUGGGUGGGAGCUGGAGGUAUGGGGGGUGGCAGAGCGGGGGAGCUGAAGGGGCCUUUCGGGGCUUUUCCCUGGGCCCGCUUCUCCCCCCCGGAUGUGGAUGUGGAGGGUCUGUUAUCCAGCCUGCCUCUGGCGAAUCCGUCCUCCUGGCGCUCUCUUUCGCCCCCCUCCUUCCGUGUGCUCUUCUCGCCCUCCCCUUCUGCCAGCCCGGAGGCCUGGGUGCUGGGUGUGGACGUCGGAGAGGGAGCCUUUGGGGGAGCUGGUAGUUAGAGGGCGAAAGAAAGCAGAGCCUGGAGGAGGGGUGUUGAGGAGCAGGAUGGUUCUGGGGGUUAGGGUUGGGGGAGGGGGGGGGGAGACUGGAAGGGUAGAGAAAUGGACUGUUUUGGACCAGAGACAUUUAUCAAAAUCUCCUGGGGACCAAGGAACUAUGUACAAAAAAAAACAAAUCUACCAACCACCAAAAAAACGAAACAAAUAAAAGCAAACUAAAACAAAGCAGAACAAAAGCAAAUAAAAUAUGCGUUUAGAAAUUUAACUCCAGGGAGCCAUAUUCUGCAGCUUCAAUUCCCCCCUCCCCUCCCCAAGGAAGAG